AUGGAAUCAGCCACUGAGAAGGAUUGUAGCUUGGAUACUGAUAUGGGACCUUCUGUACAUCUACUUGGUCCACCACAUUCCACAUCAAACACCAUAACAACUACGGAAGUGAGCAACACAGAAAUGAAAACCCAAAACCAUUUAUUAAGCUAUCAGUCUGACAACAAAGAAUUGAAGAAUUUGCCAAUUCGGAAACGUAUUAGUCACCUUUUUGGAUCACAAGGUGCAAUAAAAACUUCCAGCGCGGAGUUCCAGGAAGAAACUACUUCUCUUAAAACAUCUGUAUUUUUAAGUAACCCUGAAACAAAUGAGGGUAGACUUGCAGAGGAAGAGAAAAUGGAAGAAAUACAACACAAUGGUAUUUCUACUGGCUUUCCGUGCACUCACUGCGAUAAGAUUUUUUCAAAGUUUGGUCAGCUUCGGAUACACCAACGCCGCCAUGCGAGUAAAAGGAGUAGCAAAUAUCAGUGUAAAGUGUGUGCCAAUUCGUUUGUACAGAGGUCAUCUUUGAACACACAUUUGAGAAUUCACACAGGAGAGAAGCCUUAUCAGUGUUCGUGUUGUACAGAAAAAUUUGGUGAUUUUUCAACGUUCACAAAGCACAAGAGAAUUCACACUGGAGAAAGACCUUAUUCGUGUCCAGUAUGUCAGAGGGCAUUCUCUCAAAGCGGAAACAUGCAUAGGCAUUUAAAAACAGUACACCGUUAA